AUGUCAAAUAUAGAUUUUCUGAAUAAACAGCUGGCUCCACAGAAACUGUUUGCAGGUUUGCUGGUGGGGGUGAUCCUGCGGUACGGCAUCCCGGCCACCAGCUACCACAACAAGACCCCCCCCAGCUGCUCACUGAAGGAGGGGCCGGUCAGCACCGUCCUGCUGAACAUCAGCGGGAAGUUCUUUGAGUACACGCUGAAGGGAGAGAUCAACUCCAGAGAGAUCCACAACGUGGAGCAGAACGACAUGCUGCGCAAAGUGACAUUCGACCCUGAAGUGUUCUUCAACAUUUUGCUGCCUCCCAUUAUAUUCCACGCUGGAUACAGUCUGAAGAAG